CUAUGAGUUGCAAGUUAAAAUAAUAUUUGAGCCCUUUGAGCCGCAUAACGCCCAUGAAUCGUAAGUUCAACGGAGUCAAGGCCAAAUCCUCGAACCGGUAUCUUCACGGCUAAACAAACCCUUCCCGUCUCCCCACUCACUCCUCUCGCGACCUUUUCCCCCGCCCAUGGCGCGGCGCCUCUCCGCCGUAAACCGAACGUUUCUCUCCAAUCUCUCUCCCUCCUCACCCCUCCCAAACCCUAACCCUAACCCUAACCUCUGCACCGCUUCAUCCGGCGCCGCCGCCGCCGCCGCGUCGAUCCUCCCCUUCCUGAGCUGCAAGCGCCGGAAGAAGCUCCGCAAGAAGAUCGCGAGCCCCCGCGUGGCCCCGAUCCAGCGCGAGCCCUCGCUCCGCGUCGACGCCCUCGACGUUGCCCUGGACCGCGACGCCGCGUUCCGGUUCCUCAACCGCGCCCGCUCCUUCCUCGCGCGCCUCCCCUCCGCUCCCUCCCCCUUCCCCGCCGCGGGCUCCCUCUUCCGCGAGCUCGGCUUCCCCCGCGGCCGCAAGGUCUCCCGCAACGCCCUCCGCCACCCCCUCCUCUUCCACCUCCCCCGCCUCCCCCCGGACUCCGUCCCCCACCUCGCCUUCACCCCUCUCAUGGACUCCCUCCUCGCCGAGGAGCGAGCCCUCUUCGACGCCCUCGAGCCCCGCCGCGUCCAGGCCGUGCGCAAGCUCCUCAUGCUCUCCGCGCGCCGCCGCGUCCCCCUCGCCAAGCUCCACCACUGCCGCGGCGUCCUCGGCCUCCCCGACGACUUCCGCGACCGCGUCCGCAAAUACCCCGACUGCUUCCGCGUCGCCGUCGACCCCGACGGGCGCCACGUCCUCGAGCUCGCCCGCUGGGACCCCGCCCUCGCCGUCAGCGCCCUCGAGCGCAGCUUCGUCGCCGACGAAUCCCGCGCGCGCCGGACGUUCAAAUUCCCGCUCCCGCACCGCAAGGCGUUGCCCCUCGACGAGGACGACGCGCAGCGGCUCGACUCGCUGACGACGCUCCCGCUGAUCUCGCCCUACUCGGACGGGUCGACGCUGACGCCGUGGUCGGUCGACGCCGAGAAGUAUCGGGUCGGCAUAAUCCACGAGUUCCUGAGCCUGACGCUGGAGAAGCGGGCGUCGAUCCACCACAUUGUGGAGUUCAAGGAGGAGUUCAGCCUCACGCGGCACACGUACCAGAUGCUGCUCAAGCAGCCGCGCGCCUUCUACCUCGCCGGCACGGAGAUGAACUGGACGGUGUUCCUGAGGGACGCCUAUGGCGACGACGGCGCGCUGAUCGACAAGGACCCGCAGGUCUUGUUCAACGAGAAGCUGGAGCGCUACGCUUCUUGCACCGCGGAGUCGGAUCCCGAAUGAAGGGACGGAUAAAUGAUGGAGGUGAUGAUGGUUCCAUUUUGGUCUCAAAUGCUCGUUGAGGCAUUAUUGUUUGGUAGGCACUGAUACGGAAGAUGUAUGGUGCGCGAGAGCUCUCUCGAUCUUAGAAGAGCUGAGCUGCUGAGCCUAAGAUUGGUUUCAGCUAGCCUUCUGAAUUCGUUCGCUUUUACCUGAUCGACAAUUUCAUCGGGUUGCCGAUCAGAACUAUCAGCUGCGAGUUGCCUUGUGCUCAGUUAAGCGGGACUUUGUUUUGCCAGAAACUGCCAAUGGGUAUGGAUUCGCAUCAGUUAUACUCUUAUUACCGCUCAGCAUUGUGAAUGAUGGUUGGGUGGGUCAUUUUACAUGUAAAUUGCAAUAAGAGAUCAGGCCCUGUUAUCCCCUUGCUUUUUUGGAGUUUGUGGAGAGACCAAAUCUACUUGCUAGUUUCGUUUAAUAUGAAUCUCAUCUGCUCUUGUAUUUACUCAGAGUAGUUGGUGCAAGUUUUCUGAGGUGAAGUACUUUAUAGCUACUCAUUGAUGUGAAAAAGUCUAAAAUGUAAUAGUCACGUAGAUAAUGUGGUGUCUCCGACUAAUUUUGUUCAGGUUUUAAGAUUUAUCCAUUCCAUUAUGACUUUUAGAAAAAUAUUUUUAUUAUACUUAUCUCUCGAACAGAAAAAUUUGAUUGAUUGGAAUAUAAAUUACGAGGUGUGACCGUCACAACACUAGACUUCCUUCACUAAUGCAGGCUUAAAAUGUCCUUUCGAUUGGUGCUCAUUUUGUUUUCAACCAUUAGAUUGAAAGAUUUUAUGUACUAGCUUGAUGAUUAUUUGGUGGUUUGUUCAACAAGUUUUAGUGAAGUACCUUUCAUCAUUAUUAUUAUUUUUUUCAAUUUUUGGUACGAUUCAUGAGUUAUUAGUAACCAGCUGAUGAACAAGUACAGCUUUAUCAUUAGCGUGGAAGUUGCAGGAGUCGUCGCUUUGAGAACAAUUUUAAGGGCCAGCCAAAAGAUAGAGACUUCUGAAUACUUUAUUGCAAGAUUGUUGUAACGCUUGUACAAUUAGUGAAUUAUUUCUUCGCAGUUGCAAAUUAAUUUCCCUGAACCUUCGAGUGACAAUGCCUUCAAGUUUAUAACAAAUCUCCAUAUUAUUA